GGAGUCCCUCAUCUAGGUGCUCAUGUUAAUAAAUGUGCAUUUUUAAUUGACUUUGUAAAAAAAAAGAGAGAAAGUAGAAAGGGAAAGGAACGCGUGACAGUGGAAAAACCCAGAAAAUGGAAGUUUCUAUAUUCACUAUUUAAAAGGCACUCAUCACCCAAAGUUCUCAGAACCUACCGAGACUUCCUCUUCAGGCAGUCCUGCAGAAUCCCCUGCAGCUGCCUAAUGGCCCUCUCAGUCUCUGUGCUGCUGGCCCUGGUGAUGUUAUGCUCCAGCCCUGCCUGCUCUCGGGACUGCGCCCUGCAUCCAAGCCAUGGCAAUCCAGAAACCUUCAUGCUAUUGAGUCAAAUGGAGAAAAUCUCCAUUCUGUCUUGUCUGAAGGAUAGGACUGACUUCAGCUUUCCUCAGAUGCUUGUGGAUGGGAACAAGUUUGAGAAGACAGAAGCCACGCUUGUCAUGCAUGAGAUGCUCCAGCAGAUCUUCAACCUUUUCAGCAAAAGUGACUCUCUUGUGGCUUGGGAUGAGACCCUACUGGACAAAUUCCUCGCUGGGCUUCAUCAGCAGGUGGAUGAUCUGGAGACAUGUUUGGAGGAAGAAAAGAAUGUGGAACUGUUAAGUGAGAACUCCAGACUGGCUGUGAAGAGAUACUUCCAUGGAAUCAGUCUCUAUCUUGAAAAGAAAGUAUACAGCCACUGUGCCUGGGAGGUUGUCAGGGUGGAAAUCAGAAGGUGCUUGUUUUUCAUCAAUGAGUUCACAGCUAAACUCAGGAAAUAAAAAAGAUGUUGAGUCUGAAAACUCAUCUGGUCAACUAAAUGGCUGCUUUCUAGGACUCAAAGUGCAAUCAUCAUCUCUAUCUUUAUGCCAGAAGAAAAAUAAAUAAUAGCAGAUGUAUGGGAUUAUUAUAAAGUUAUGUUAAAUGUUGUAAGUUGUUUAGAA